CUCUCUCUCUCUCUCUCUCUCUGUGUCCAAAAAUCUGCCUGGUUUAUUCUCCCUCUGAUCAGUUUCUCUGAUCUGCUUUUUCUUAUGUUUUUGUUUGAAUUGCUGAGAAGAUUUACAAGGACUACAUAUUAUUGAUUGCACACAACGUGGGUCAGUACCUUGUAGCCAGUGCAGUUCAUCUAUUUUCAUGAAUAUCAAGAUACAGGUUUUGAUGCAGUGCCAUCUGCAGAAUGGAGGUAUAACUCACAGAGAUUCAUUCCAGACCAACGAGUACUAAUUAGUGCACCUUUUCUAAGCUCUAUUUAUUAUAUAUAUUGCACACAUGCACAUAUAAAUCUCUCUCACUAUCUCUCGAUCCCUCAACCAUAUUAAGACUUCACAAAAAAUACUGAACUAUGUUGAAAGGACUCAUAAUCUCAUCACAACACCAGCUGGUGGAUGAAAACAUGUCAAAUCUAACCUCAGCCUCCGGCGAGGCCAGCGUCUCCUCCAACCAACAGUCGUCUUUCGCCUCCCCAAACCCUAACCCUAACACCCAACCAUCCAAAAAGAAGCGAAAUCUUCCCGGCAACCCAGACCCCGAAGCCGAGGUGAUGGCUCUAUCCCCAAAAACCCUAAUGGCAACAAACCGCUUCAUCUGCGAGAUCUGCAACAAAGGCUUUCAACGCGACCAAAAUCUUCAGCUCCACCGUCGCGGCCACAACCUCCCAUGGAAGCUCAAGCAGAGGACCAGCAAAGAAGUGAGGAAAAAAGUUUACAUCUGCCCCGAAGUCACGUGCGUCCACCAUGAUCCUUCUCGUGCACUCGGCGACCUCACCGGCAUCAAGAAGCAUUUCAGCCGCAAGCAUGGGGAGAAGAAAUGGAAGUGCGAUAAGUGUUCGAAGAAGUACGCCGUUCAAUCCGAUUGGAAAGCUCAUUCGAAGAUCUGCGGCACGCGCGAGUACCGCUGUGAUUGCGGCACUCUCUUCUCUCGGAGAGAUAGCUUUAUCACACACAGAGCUUUUUGUGAUGCGUUAGCAGAGGAGAGUGCUAGGGUUAACCAACACCCACUGCUCUUUACCAAUCAGCCGCUAGAAGGGCAGAUGCAGCCGUUGAAUAUGAGACAAGAUAUACCACCGUGGCUUGGAGUUAAUCAACUUAAUAUUCCUUCAUCCAUUUAUGGAUCGAGAUUGGAUCAGGAGUGUGGGCAGGAGAAUCAUUUAAUGCAACAGCAACCGGUUUCAACGAUGGCACACAUGUCAGCUACGGCUUUGCUGCAGAAGGCAGCGCAAAUGGGUGCAACGAUGAGCAGGCCUACAUCCAUACAUUCGCAAAUGGUUGGGCAUAGUGGUGGGAAUGUUAAUGCACAUAAUAAUGGUGUGUUUGGGCUUGAGUUAUCAAGUUCGCAUCAUAAUGAAAAUAUUGGAGUGAAUGGGGGAACAUCACUUAUACAUGAUUUGAUGAUAAAUUCUCUUCCACAAGCUGGUUCUGGAUUUCAGUUGGGUUCAUUUAACGAGCAUUAUGGUGGAGGAGGAGGAGGAGGAGGUAAUGAUGGCAUGACAAGAGAUUUCUUGGGGUUAAGAGCAUUUUCACAUAAAGAUCUUCUAAACUUGGCUGGGCUUGAGACUUGCAUUAGUUCUUCAGCUUCAUAUGAGCAGCAAAAUAAGAAGCCAUGGGUUUGAAACUAGAGAUUCUGGUUACUGCAACUGGUAUGGAUGCUAUGAUAUCUCUUUUUUUUUUUUUUUACUUGGAAAAAAAAAUGGGGGGAAAGAGGGAGCAAGCUGGCAACUGGUUACUUCUUCUAUGUUGUUUAAUAGUUUACUAUAUGUUUUUGUCUUUUUCCUUUUGUCCAAAUGGGUGAAAAGCUGGUUCUUUCCUGCUCACAUCCAUCACUCAUUUUGUGGCAGAUAUUGGAAAACUCAUAAGAGGGUAGAGAUAAGGAGUUGGUACCUUGAAAUAGUUGUUGUUGUAUGAAUAUCAUUGGUUUUAUUUGUGUAAUAAACCUUGUUGAUUAUAUGCGCUUUUCAUGUUAAGGUACAU